AUGCAUAAUUCCAACACCUUUCCUUCCUUUCCCCUUAUUCUUUUUACUCUUCUCACCUUCCCAAUUUUUUCUAAUUCGCAAAUCCCUCAUUUUGAUUAUUUCAAUCCGGGACCGCGUGUUGAUCAUUGCGCAUUCGCCUACGAGAAUAGUUUUUACGUCUUCGGUGGUACGGGCAAUGGUAACCACUCCUACUUCAGUUACAUCAAUACGCCCUUCAAUAAAACAAAUCUCAAAUGGAAUUAUCUGCCGGUAACUAACGCUGUAAACGUCAAUCGGCCAGCAUGUUCCGUUACGUCAAAGGGUAUCUUAUACGUAACCGGCGACGCAGCAGCCUCAAGCGAUAAUAAUUAUGCCGGAGUCCAAUCAUUUGAUUUAACAAAAGGCACUUCGGGUAUUUGGUAUACUAAUACACCGCCAAACACUGAUAAUAAACUUCAACAUUUGCCACGUGGUCACAAGUCAAUUGUCGUACAAACGUCAGCGGGCGGCGAAGAAGUAUUGUUUAUCUUUGGAGGGUCGAAUUAUGCCUUUAUUCUAAAUCUAGAAUAUUCUAGGCUGGAGAAUGUAACUGAAACAGAGGAUGCUCCACCGCCAUACAUGGACGAAUUCGCCCUAACAUCCUCUAAAGACAACAUUUAUAUCAUUGGUAAUCGCACUGAAGAGUCUGGCAGGAACCUGUGGGGAUUUAACAUUCCAACUAGUAAGUGGUUUAAUCCGCAGAUCGUCGUACAAAUUACAGUGGGCGCCCACGUUGAGUAUGCAGGGAAACUUAACGAUACGAUUUACUUGAUCGAUUCGGGUCAUUCGUUAAUGUGGAAAUGGAAUUUGGUUGAUAAUAAGACAGAAAGUUUUCGUGAAGCUGGUCUUCGGACCUUUGGUUAUGCGUUUGCACAGUUGCCCGGCAGCGACGUUUUUAUU